UCCUUGGAACGCUAAAUAUUCGCGCUGAUUCGCUCGGCGAUCCCGAACGGACAGCUUAACCCGCUUAUCGAGCGACUCUUCCGACACAAACACACGGUUGACACUAAUAAAUUUAAUCUAAUCGAGAUCCCGCCUCGAUCAACGUAAACACACGACGGUUUACGCGAUCGUAAAUACUUUAUCGUGACUUAGGCUCGAGCGCUGUCGUCCGAAUGCUAGGGGAACGUGAAAUAGAGUACGAUCAACGAGCAUAACUCGUCGUCGUUCGCCGGGCUAAUCGAAACGUUCGUCCAGUGUGUUUAUCGAGCGUUGCUCUAUCCACUUGAAUCCCACCGGGGACCGUUACGAAUUCUCAAUGAAACUAAACACGGUAACACCAAUUAAGUGAGUUAUUAACCCUUUCGCCACGCCGCUGUAACACGCAGUUCUGCCGCGGAGCGCGAGUUAACGAUGUCCGUGCCGCGAUCGGUGUUUCGUAACCGUAGUAUCUGCUAGUUCCCUCAUAGUAACAGAAAACCUACGCACAGCCUUCGACGGCGUAGGCAAAGGAGAGACCAUUGUGCGGUAUGUUUUUCUCGAAGAAUCACUCAACGGAUCGUGGCUUAGUAUAUAAAUCGUCGGGCAGUUCUCGAUAAGUGACACUAAUCUAGCUGAUCCCGUGUUAUCUAUCUCGCCUGUAGUCACGGUAUCAAUGAACCUGAGUCGCUCCUCUGUCUCUCGGGAAUUCAGUACAGUAGGUAAUAGCGCAGAAGCCGUUCCCGGCCGGCGAGCAAAUCCGUUCCUGUUGCAUCGACAAUUAUUCCGCACUUUCUUUUCUAAUUAGAAGCUGCGUCUCGGUACACAGACGGAAAUUGGGGCCGACGAUUCGCAGCUUGACGCGAUCCAGGCCGGAGAUACGUCGCGAGUGAAACCACACGAACGGGCACACGAACUGUAGAAACCACUCGCGCGGCGAAAAAGAGAGAGAAAAGCUCGGGGGAACGGCAGACGACUCUGAACAGGUUCCCCGGGACUGUCAGCGGUGUGCGAACAUUUUUCCAACGGGACAGCGAAGUGUCACGAUCGUAUUUUUCUACUCGGAUCGCUUCGACGUUUCUAUAACUAUUUUUCCCGAGGUCCACCUCGGUGGCGAUCUGUCCAACAAUCGCGCGUGUGCAGUGACAAAUAAAUAAAAAAAAACUCCCCCGGAGACGCGCUCGGUGAAUUCUUAAGUCCGAGUCGAUUAUCGCGCGCGUCUGUGCGACGUCAGACGCGAUCCUGCCAACGGAUGAGCGUGAUUCUAGUGGAAUGAAUGAACGUGACCAGCCUCUGCGAGGGACGCGAGACGGUGGCUCGAAUAGCCGUGAACACGUGCCUCCUGAAUCGCCGAGGACUCGUGAUACUCGGUAUGUCAGCGCGUGCCAAACGCUCUGAGGAGUCUACCGUUAUGAUGUGCCACGGCGACGAGAGGAUCUCAGAUAGUAGUAGCUUAAGAGGAUUCCGGGACUAUUUCGAGAGCGUCUGAGAGAAACGUGUGAACGGACGUCGAAUACAUAUCCGACAGCCGCGAGGAAAGGCGUACGUCGUGAACAGGCGACCACGGAUUCAGAUUCUUUUCUACUAUUUUUAUAAUCGACGAGCGCGAUCGUCCGUGAACGGAGGCUAGCGAGAGAAAGAUGGAGGGACGACCGAAGAUCGAGAUCGUGCGCGUGCCUUCGAACGAACGCGGCAACUUCCGGUCCCUCGAUGGUGUCCGCAGCAGCUACAAUCACAUUCGCGUGGGCACGUACUGCCCGGAGCCGGAAGUCAAAGUAGUGGUUUGCGACAGCAAACCGCCGAUCGAACAGUCUCGGAAGUUCAAAAGAUUGUGUUUCAGGAACCUGGGACCAGUCUCUAAACUGUUGAGGCGGCGACAUCACGCCACAUAUCUCGCCACGAAAUCCUGUGAUAACAUUUACAACGUAAAUAGAAGUAGCAACUCGUUGGAUUGGAGGGUCAGCCAGACCGUGAACGAACAAAGCUUUCAGUCCCGACAAAGUGGCAGCUUAGAUUGGCGAGUGGGGAGGGCCAUCAAUAAAUUGCAUUGGAGGGACACGACCAGAAGCGCGGAGCAACUUUCGAGAAGCGGACCUAUCGGUUCGGAUCAUCUUCAAACGCCUAGCACGAAAUCGAAACUGAUUUCGCUGCUGCGACGACUUUCUCCUCGCCUUUCGCGACCCGGCAGCAAGAAUUCCUUGCAAGCGUCGCCGACGAUCUGCCCAUGGGUGCAGGUUGAAUACUCCUCGGAGUCGAUCAACGAGGGCCUGCACGAAGACUCCCAGGAGGGCGAUGCGAGCUUCCAGAGGGAAUUACAGCUAAGCGAACUGAGGAAACGUAUGGCUGGGAUACCGACUACUUCUCAGGUUACCACAAAAGUCGUUAGACACGACGGGGAAGAAGGUUCGUCCCAUCCGAGGAUAGAAGUGCAACGUCCGGAAAUCGAGACUAAUAACCACAGCAAAUCUGUGCACGAGGACCGCGGUGAGGAGGAUCGUCGGCGAGCCAGCGGGCAAACGCGCGGUGGCGGCGAGGUAGCGGGCUUGGAGGACGUCGGCGACUCUUGCGCCGCGACGCUGACGCCGUCGGUCCCAGGCGCCGGCGGCAUCAGGUCGAAUCGCCGCACGAGGCCGCUGUCCCUCGCGGUGCAACCUCUUAAUUACCGCCGCCUCGAUCCGGACCCGAAAAUCAUCGACGGCAUCGUCACCAGCCAUCAUCCUAACAUGACUAGCCAGGAGAGCAUCGGCAGCUGCAGCCUGGACGUCGACCAGUCUGCGUCCGACCGAUCAGAGAACACCAUAGACUCCGUGUCCAAGAAGACCUUGCACAGUUUGAACCUCUCCUGCAACGGUGACUCGGUUCCCUCGUCCGAUAAUCUGGCGAACGGUAGCAGCGAGACGCUGCAGAAAUCGCACCUGACGCCCGAUGAGAAAUUGAACGUCAGCAAUGGUCAUCGAAGCAGCCCAGAGCCGGAACAGCUGACAGUGAAGAAACCGAGCUACUUGGGCCUGGCCUGCAGCAUCAGCGGUUAUUCGGGGAUCAAUCGGUACGAUAGCAAGCUGAGGGACGGGUUUCGAUCGAGGGACAGCAGUCCUGGGACCAGGCUGAUCACGAGGGAUACCAGCCCGGCGGGUUUCAGAUCAAACGAAAAUCUCAACGUGCCAGGGCACCCUUAUCCGCCCAAGAGUCAGUCGAUUUCGCCCCUAGCGAUGGAUAGGCAGAACGGUUUCUCGAACGGUCUGAAAGAGGAGUGCAAAGUGGAGGCGUACAGGGAGUCUCGGAGCUCCAUCAGCAUAUGCCAGGGUUACUCGGAGGUGGAUAAAGGCGUGUUGCACUCGACGUUCGGCGAUCUCAGUCCAAUUCGACCGAACACCCCCGCGAAACGCAGUCCGGGCGUGUCGCAGAUAAUGUCCUGCAGCCAGCAGAACAAAUCGUUCCCCUCGCAUUUCUCGGGAUCGUCUCCGAAGCAAACCACCGCGAACAUUUCGAGCGCCUCGUUCAGCGAAACGAGUAUACUGAACGGGUCCUCGGUGGACGUGGACAGUCAGGUGCUGAAUACCUCGUCGAGCAGCGAGAAGUCUUUCAUUCAACAGCGAGUGGAACGGCUCUACGGGCCCGGGGCCUUAGCCCAGGGCUUCUUCUUCAAGCGCAGCACCAGCAGACUGAACGCGAGCGAAAGCAGUUUCAGUAAAUCGAGUAACAACAACGACGUGUCGGCGGACAACGCGAACACCGAGGAAUCAUUGAAGAAUCUUCCGGUCUUGAGACACUUGAGACCGGAAUUCCGUGCUCAGCUUCCGGUGGUCAGCCCUAGAAGACCCACGGACGGCUCGGAGCAGAUUUUGAAGCCCUUGCAGAGGGUAACUCCAGUGUCGAGGAAGGCGGAGCAGAAACCAAAAACCCAGACGCCGUCGAAGUUGGAUGGCAGUAUCGCGGAGAGCAAGCCUCAGAAAUUAAGUUCUAGUGUAGCGAGCAUUCCUGACCAGCAGCCAGCUGCACCCAAGGUAGUCUUACCUGUACUGGAACCGAGCGCCAGCUCGACGAACGUGGCGAAGCAGGCUCAAGAGGCUGAGAAAGCGGAAGAGAAGGAUGGACACUACUUCAUGAAGUUGCUGAAACAAGAGACGGACAGGCUUCUCUCGUUAGCUGCGUCAGCGGAAGCGGAGCUGGUCAGCGGCGAUACUGUUGCACUUCCGGAGGAGGCAGCCGGUAAGCUACGCUCAGCCGCUGGCAAGGCCAGGUUGCUCGCGUCGCAGAAGAUGCAACAGUUCGAGGGCCUGUGCCAGAAGAACAUUAAUCAAGUGCCCGGCGAAGAGUUCCCGACGACGAACGAGGAUUUAGCCGGUUUCUGGGACAUGGUGAUGCUGCAGGUGGUUCAAGUAAACGAUCUUUUCGAUCAGAUCGAGAAAUUACGAAAUUCCCAGUGGCAGGAGACCGUGCCGGAGAAGAAGUCGUCGAGCACCGGGCCGCAGAACGGCAGCGCGACGAAGCGUCGCGUGACGCCGAUCCACAAGCCGAAAGCGACGGCGAACAGCGAGGCGAACAAGAAGGCGAGAGAGGCGAGAGAGCAGGCGCGCAGGCAGCUGAUCGAAGAACGAAGGCGGGCGAUGCGCUCCAACGCGCAGAAUUCCGAGAAUACCGUGAAGAUCUUUGCCCCGGACACGUAACGAUAAAAAGACACCACCAGCCGGAUACCUCUCGGCCGAUGAUCGGUAGCGCGGCGUGUCCUGAAUCAAAUCAAAAAAACGCGCUCUAAUCUCUGAUGCAUUUUCGCGAACGCUUAAAAUCGAUCCGUCGGAAGCCGUCGCGCGGUUCCCCGGGGGUAUUCCGUGGCGUCGUGCACGGCCCGUCGACGAUCCUCGGGAUCGCCGGCUGAGGCUCGCGGGUUGCGAAACGCGCGUGCACGCCCACGCGUGAGGUUUCCUCGUUACGUAAAGGCAACAGGGAACCGCGCGUCGGAGUCGCAAAGGAAAAUACCGAUAUUAAUGCUUCGACUACAAUCAAACACGCUUCACAGGGUCGAGAGCAUGUUCGUUGCCUAACAGCGGAAACACCACGGAACGCGAUCGGAACCAUGUGUUUUUGUUCUAUAUAUAGAUAUAUAUAUAUAUAUAUUAUAUACAUAUGUAUAUUGGAUUGGUUAGAGAAUUCUCGAACGGAGCCCACGGAUUCUUCGAGAUCGGACCGUGUUCAUUUUCGAGCCGAUCUUAACGGCUAUUCGUAUUUUCUUAUUAAGCUCUACACAAAAACACUCGCCCAGAGACACGCGUACACAGAACACACACACACGUUUACAUACGACACGUUCGUCUCCCUACACUCGAUUACACACGCUGUGAUGUUUCGUGCUAAUCUUCUUGUUACGUUUUUUAUAUCGAUUUACGCUAUCGUUCGACUUUGUACGGUAUUUAAUGUUUGGUUCCGCCCUCUGGAACGGGAUGCCGGGUCUAGCUUCUCCGUUUCGUCGUUCCCAUCCGCGAGUUGGGUAACGGGGAAAUCGCCGCGGUGAAACGGCACGGAGACAGACUGCCUCUUGUCAAUAGAAAUUUUUUAUAACGACGCAGAGGAGAGACAGCGCCAGCAGAAUCACAAUUCAGAGCAACUUAUAUAUAUAUUUGUACGGUAGAUUGAUCGCGUAGAGGAAAGCUGAUCGACGACGAUCGCGAGCGGAAUUCUGGACCGACGGGAUCCGUCGCCUCUCGAGAUUCCGUCAGCGUUUUCGAAGCGUCCGGCCUGCGACGGGUCGCGUCGCGUAGCCUACAUUAAUUACUGUUAGCGAUAGGGCGCGCGCCUAAGCCGAUCAGCGAAACGAUCGCGAUCGGGAACGGAAAGAUUCCUAUUACUUUAAUUGCCCGCGUCGCCUAAAUAUUACUCUCUCGUUUGAACCCCGAGGCGAAUUCACCGGAGACUUUUCGCGAGGGGCGAUGUAUCGAUGCUUUCGGGAGUCCUAGAUCGUGCGUGACCAAGUCGACAUUCCCGUAGAGAGACGGUCUCGGAGUACGCCCUCGACGUGUAGCGGUUAGUUUCGUCUCCCCUUCGACCCGAUUAUGUUUAAGGAAUAGGUAGACAGGUGUCAGCAGGUGUGAUUAGAGCUCGUGUAACCAAAUAACAGGUGCCGGCUGAUCAGUGAUCGGUGGAGAGGCCGGUCGCGUCCGUGUUCCGGAGUUGGGCAAAAUGUAAUCUAGUCGAGUAUCGGGACUAACGUUAUUCAUGUGCAACGUCUUAUUCAACUGCAAGCGAUUCGUAACUGUCGGUCGAUGUUCACGGUAGCGAAUUUCAAGUUUAGACUAGCGUCGAUUGAGGAUUAGAGGAUUCUAACUUGUAAUCUGGCCGGUUAAUCUAUUCGAAAUGAUCGAAUUACAUUCUGCCGAACUCUGCCGUGUUCCCGUGCGCGUUUCGAAGAGUCCUCGCGGCGUCGUGUUCCGGCGGCCCGCGUUAUUUAUUGACUGUUGAUUCCCUCGGUGCCUUGAUUAAUUUAUACGCGUGUACAUAAAUCGACUGACAUACACACAUACACACAGAGUCGGCCAUUCGACGCGACGCGAGACGAGCGGCGUCGAUGAACGAGAAUGACGGAUUCUGGCCGCUUCAGUGGGCUUUCUUUCUUUGUCUCGGCCUGACUCAUUCAUCUGGGAGCAAGGAGUAGUUCUUUAUUCUGAUUUUCAAUCCUGUGAAGGUUUCGCGACGAAGCGUAUUAGCGUCCUCUCGUUACGCGCUGCAACGGCGAACCUAAUUCGCGACAGGAGAUGGGCGAGAAUUUCGUUGGCGGUAGAUUUCUCACGUGAUUAUUUAUUGAGUGACUUAGUCUUUGCUUAGAGUAAACGAUGCGACGUCCUUCCUUUUUUCUUUUAACUUUGAAUUUGUUUUAUCCGAGUGAACGCGUCGCCCAUCUCACGACGAUGAAAGCUUUGUCACGGUCGAGCGGACAGCGAUCGGCUUCUGUUUAGUUUUCUUUGUAGCGAGCGUGCGCCGCGAGCGAUUGUACAUAAGCGUGAGAGAAUGCGUGGCUGGGAGAAGCGAAGUAAUCCGCGUGAUCUACAGAUAUCGUGAAUCGGCCAGCAGCGCUCGAUUUUAUUCUCGUUUCGUUCCCGAGUUUCGUAAACCCCGUUCGCCCGAGUUGCCUCCCUUCGUGUAUUUUCAUUGUAUAUUCCGCAUUGAAAGCCUCGAUUUGAGCUGAACAAGUAAUUUAUACUCGGAACAGUUCCCCGCUGGUUUUUCCUCGGAAGCCGCGCGACGCCGAACAGAUUCUGAACAGAUCGGAAGGUGUACGAGGAUGUAAUCGCCAUGACCACACGAUCACUAUUCCUUUCGCCGUUCUCCUCUUCUCGAUUCCCGUAAAAAGGAACACGCAAACUUGUCGGAAUCGUUCACUUUUUUUAUUAUUCGAGAAGGAUGAAGAAGAAGAAGAAGAAGAAGAAGAAGAAGUAGAAGAAGAAGAAGGUCUCCUUCCGGAAUAGACGACAAGAAUCGACGAUUUUUUUACUUAUCGUUCGGGGACGAUUCGAUGCCAAUCAAUCGCGCCGAUGUCAUCGAACCCGUUCCCGGCUCCCCUUUUUUUACGCGGUUAAACAGUUACGAUUAUUUAUUUAUUAGAUACUAGUAAGAUGUCCAUACACUUGUUCUCAAUGAAUUAAUAAA